GCGGGCCGAAGCAUGUGUAGGGCUCCGGGUCCCUGUCCCCGCCGCCGCCCGCGCCCCCGCGCCCCGCCGGCCCCCCGCGCGAGAUGAUGGACGGUCGCCUCCUGGAGCACCCGCAUGCCCAGUUCGGGGGCUCGCUGGGCGGCGUGGUGGGCUUCCCCUACCCGCUGGGCCCCCACCACGUGUACGAGCUGGCCGGCCACCAGCUGCAGUCGGCCGCCGCCGCCUCGGUGCCCUUCUCCAUCGACGGCCUGCUCAGUGGAUCCUGCGCCGCCGCCUCGGUGGUCAACCCCACGCCGCUGCUGCCCGCCGCCUGCGGGGUGGCCGGGGACAGCCAGCCCUUCAAGCUUGCAGACUCGGGGGACCCAGACAAGGAGAGCCCCGGCUGCAAGAGGCGACGCACCCGUACCAACUUCACUGGCUGGCAGCUUGAGGAGCUAGAGAAAGCGUUCAACGAAAGUCACUACCCCGAUGUGUUCAUGCGCGAGGCGCUGGCGCUGCGCCUGGACCUGGUGGAGUCCCGAGUGCAGGUCUGGUUCCAAAAUCGCCGUGCCAAGUGGAGAAAGAAGGAAAACACCAAGAAGGGUCCCGGGCGGCCUGCGCACAACUCACACCCGACCACUUGCAGCGGGGAGCCCAUGGACCCCGAGGAGAUCGCGCGCAAGGAACUGGAAAAGAUGGAGAAGAAGAAGCGCAAACAUGAGAAGAAACUGCUCAAGAGCCAGAGCCGUCACCUGCACUCGCCCGGAGGCCUGUCCCUUCACAGCGCGCCCAGCUCCGACAGCGACAGCGGUGGCGGAGGCCUGUCCCCAGAGCCACCCGAACCGCCACCGCCUGCUGCCACGGCCAAGGGCCCGGGUGCGCAUUGCUCCAGCGUCGCGGGUUCCGCUCCGGCCGCCCCCGGCGAGCCACCCGCACCUGGCACUUGCGACCCUGCCUUCUACCCGAGCCAAAGAAGUGGCGCCGGGCCGCAGCCGCGGCUAGGCCGCCCUGCGGACAAGGACGCGGUCCCUUGUGGGCCCGGGGCGGCCACCGCCGGCCUGCCCAAGGCCAGCCCGUUCAGCGUGGAGAGCCUUCUGUCCGACUCGCCACCGCGCCGCAAAGCCACCCCCGCCAACGCCGCGGCCACCGCGGGCCUGGACUUCGCGCCGGGGCUGCCGUGCGCCCCGCGGACCCUGAUCGGCAAGGGCCACUUCUUGCUGUACCCCAUCACGCAGCCGCUUGGCUUCCUGGUGCCACAGGCUGCGCUCAAGGGCGGCGCCAGCCCGGAGUUGGCGCCCAAGGAUGCGCCACCUGCGCCACCCGCGCCGCCGGCACCUCCAGCGCAGGCCAGCUUCGGGGCCUUCCCCGGGCCGGGUGGCGCCGCCGAUCCGGCCUUCGCUCGUCGCAGCCCCGACGCUGUUGCCUCCCCCGGGCCACCGGCUCCCGCGCCUUUCCGGGACCUAGCCGUGGCGGCCACCGAGAGCGGUGCUGGGGACUGCGCGGACGCGGGGACCUCCUGCCCCGUGGCCCCGCCGCCCCCACCCCUCGAAACGUCGCUGGGCCAGGGCCCCGGAGCUCCCAGCCCAGCCCGGGAGCCGGCCAGCAGCGGCGCGGCUGAGCCGGGUGCUGCGACAGGACCCAGCCCGCCGGAUGGUGAGGAGGUGGACAUGGACUGAGCAAGGCCACCGCGGCACCGCGGCCGGGAGAGGCGAUUAGCGGGCCGCCCAGCUCGCUCAGCCUCCCAACGAAUCAGGUGAUCGGCUCUUAGAAACUGCUUUUCCCUCCUGCUUUUUGUUUUCUUCCUUUUUAUUUUUAUCAUUUUCGAAGGCAAACAAAAAAAGCUGUGUCGGUGGGGACCAAGGCAGCAGCUGCAGAUCCCGGGGUGAGGUUCCCCUCCUUAGGAGAGAGCAAAAGAUCCCGUAUUCCCGCCCCCAGCCCACAAAACAAACAAACAAACAAAAAAACACAACAAGAAUCCUCAGCCUUGUAAAUGCAAAAAUGUCUAAGAAUAUUUAUAUAUGUACCAUUUUUAUAAAUAAAGCUGAUCAAACGCAAA